CUUGGAUCUUUGUCUUGAUUUGCUCAUUUUGUCUUUCUGAUUAUAGGAGGCUUAUGUGCAGAAAAUGGUAAAAGUAUGCAAUGAUUCAGACCGAUGGAGUCUUAUCUCCCUGUCCAACAACAGUGGCAAAAAUGUGGAGCUGAAAUUCGUGGACUCUCUGAGGCGGCAGUUUGAAUUCAGUGUCGAUUCCUUUCAAAUCAAGCUGGACUCCCUGCUCCUUUUUUAUGAGUGCUCAGAGAAUCCGAUGACUGAAACUUUUCACCCGACUAUCAUUGGCGAGAGCGUUUAUGGGGAUUUCCAGGAAGCCUUUGAUCACCUCUGCAACAAGAUAAUUGCCACCAGAAACCCAGAAGAAAUCAGAGGAGGUGGUCUGCUGAAGUACUGCAACCUUUUGGUAAGGGGCUUUAGGGCAGCCUCUGAAUCUGAGAUUAAAUCCCUGCAGAGAUACAUGUGUUCGAGGUUUUUCAUUGACUUCUCAGACAUUGGCGAACAGCAGAGAAAGCUGGAGUCCUACUUGCAGAACCACUUUGUGGGAUUAGAAGACCGCAAGUAUGACUAUCUCAUGACCCUUCACGGUGUGGUGAAUGAGAGCACAGUGUGCCUGAUGGGACAUGAGAGGAGACAGACUCUGAAUCUGAUCACCAUGUUGGCUAUCCGGGUCCUAGCCGAGCAGAAUAUCAUUCCCAACGUGGCCAAUGUCACCUGCUAUUACCAGCCAGCCCCAUACGUAGCAGAUGCCAACUUCAGCAAUUACUAUAUUGCCCAGGUUCAGACGGUGUUCCCUUGCCAGCAGCACACAUACUCCACUUGGCUGCCCUGUAAUUAAGAACCAAAAUUAGUAGACCCCGUGGAGAGAACUUUCUCUAAGAUGUAGGAAGGGGCGACGGGUCCCUCUGAAAUGGGGUGUUUCGUGCAAUGAUGAUCUGCUCUAGUUUUCAAGCUUGGGACAAGCUUGUGGUUCUUCUAAUAAUUAAUGGGAGCAUGAUCAAGAAAGAACCCCAAAAUAAUUGGAUCCUACCCCAGAGCACAAGAGGCCUGUCAUUAAAAGCAACCAGCUUCUCCUGAAAUAAGUGUGGGAGGAAUGCUUGAUGACAAUAUGGGUUGGCAAUAUCUGCUCCCAUAGCUUUGGCAUAGAGAAGGUGGGAAAGCCUUAUUUUCUUUUAUUUUUAUUCUUACUCUAGAAUGGGAUCUGCAAAAGGGAGAAUAUGAAAGAAACAAAACAAAACAAAAAAAAACAACAAAAGAAAAAAACUUCACAAAAAACAGCUCUAUAUAUAUUCAGGAGUUAAAAGUUAGAGGCAUAAAGCAGAGAUAAGCUGAAUAAAGUUGUAUAUUGGAAUUACUGCAUUUGGGGCUUGCAGCAAGUGCCGUCUAUGGAUUGACCGUGUAGAAUGUAUAGCUUGCUUGACUAGAAUGCUUUACCAGAAACAGCUUGCUCCAAAUGAACAGUAGUGGAUUGGUACAGUUAUAAAAACAGAAACACGUACGAUGACAAAGUCCAUUAUUUCCAGCUGUGUGCAUGCCUCACAUUUUAAAAAUGUGAGAAUGCUGGAAAACCAGCUGUGGCAAGAAGUAUAUACUUAAGGACCAAAGAUUUCACAAAAAAGUUAUCCAAGCAAAGAAGAUACAGUAGAGUAUAUAUAUAUAAAUAUAUAUAUAUGUAAAAGGAGAUGUUCCUAUAUUUGUACACACCAAUAGUAAUCAAAAGUGCCUGAUGCCUUCAUAAAAUUUGAAGUGAGAAAAAAAAAAAUAUAGUUUUGUGGUUUAACCAUGCAUUUUCUUUUAUCAGGGACACAAGGAUUAAAAAAAAAAAAAACAAAAACAAACAAACCAACCCAUAAGCUUGUGAAUAAGUGGUGGAGGAAAUGCCCUAUUUUUUUUCUUGGCAAAUACCUGUAUAGAGUUAAUGUUUUGUCGGUGUGCUAUUAUCCUAGGUACGUGUGUGUAUGUGUGUAUAUAUGUUUGUGUGUGUAUAUAUGUACAUGUUAUUGGUGUAUAUCUAUAUAUAUACACACACAAUAUAUAUUAAUGUGGUCUAGGAAAAUGUAGCAAUUAAGGAAUGUUUAAAUAAAGUACUACUUGUUUUCCAGUUUGCAACAGGAUGUCAUAGGACAGUGGGCACCUUGCAGUGAAAUUUUAACCCACACCUGAGAAAUUUGGAGUAAAUGAACCAGUCAGGAUUAAGGUGGGAUUCAGAUAAUGUCUUUGGUUGCAAGAACAAGGAUUACAGUAAUUCAGUGGGUUGCUUGUGAGCCAUAAUAAUUCCACAGACGGAGAAACAUAUGACUAGCUGAUUUUUUUUAAACUGUUUUGUACUGUAAUGCCAUUUUGACAUUUAACCCACUAAUGUUGUGACUGCAUACCUCCAUGAUGUGUAAUUUCAGUGGAACGUGGAUCAAAGAUAGGUUUAUUUAAACCCCCUGACAGCUAAAGAAUAUUGUAUUAGUUGGUAAUUUGAACACUAAUUGUUAAUAUUUAAAGGAGUAUUUUUAAUAGAAUGCAUUGUGCAUUCCAGGACCACUAGAAUUUAGCAAAUGUGAAAUGAACCCUUUUUAAGAGUGUUGCACGAUUGCUUAAAAUUAUAUUUUAUAUAUAUAUUAUAUAUAUAUAUAUAUUUUUAUGCAAAUAUUAAACAUCUUUGAUCUGGUUGUCACACUGCAUUUA